AUGGAGUUAAUAACAACCGUAUCACGGGAAAAUGUUUUCAGUGUCCGUUCUAUAUUAGAAAUGUUAGAUGAAAAUCAAGUAUAUGGAAAUCAUACAAAUGCCUCAUUAAUUGAAAUAAUAAAAUUGAUAAAUGAUAAACUCAGUGCUUGUAAAACACGCCAAGAAGGUUUAUUACAUUUAAGUAAAUUAUUAGAACAAAGUAAUCUUACAAGUAUAAUUGAUUUGUUGCAAGAUAAUUUCAAUUUAUGGUUUUAUCAUUGUAAGAAAGAAUGUGAAAUUAGUGCUACUAAUGGUGGAAAUUCGACUAUGUGCUGGAUGUUAAUGAAAAAAUUAAUAUUAAUGAGUAAAGAAUCAAUCGACAUAAAAAAAUAUAUACAAACCCAAGAAUUAAAUAAUUUAUUGAAUAUCAUAUUAAACAAUGAUUACUCAAAUACCAAAAUUAACAACAAAAUACAAAUGAUUCAUUGUUUAGAAAUCUUGUUAUCGAUAUAUAAUGGAUCAUUACAAUCGUAUAAAGCAACUAUUGAACAAUUUUUAGUUGAUAAUUUUAUUGAUUGUGAAUCAGAACCAAUAACGUUACUAGUUGGUCGAUGCUUUCAUAUAUUACAAUUGGUAAAUGAACAAAGUUGCUCGAAUAAAGUACAAUUAUGGAGUAAACAACAAAAUAAAUUAUAUAAAUUAUAUAGGAAACCACAUUUGGUGGAAACGAAUUAA